UAAAUUUUCUUAGGAGCACAAGGAACCCAUGUACACUGAAUAUGCGCCCAUCUAGCCUUUUAAUAAUACAACAUUACACCCAGAGUUGGUAUGUGCUAUAACUCGUCCUCUAGGCUGGUAAUACAGUAGGCUGCACCUUUAAGCCUGCAGAGUGCACCGAGUUCAUGUGUCCAUAAAGGCGCACGAUAUGACCGUACACACUGCUGACAGCCCAUUUGCCGCGUAGACUACAGUAGAGUAGUGUACCUACAGUAACCUGGCAGGUCCUACCGAAAUGUCUGUGUCUUUAAAAAGAACUCUUUACCGACUGGUGCAUGAUGUCAGGCUGCUUGCAGUCCGUAUACUGUUCAUGUGAGCGGCGUUCACUUCCUGCAAAGGGACAGAAGCGGGCAGAGAGAGAAAGAGAGAGUGGGAUAGAUAGAGAGAUGGGGGACGAGCGGCCAAGAUAGGACGAGAGUGAUAGAGUAGAGCCAGCGGACGAGGGAAAACCGGGGCCUGCUUUUUUUUUUCUACACCCCGCAAACUUUGUAGGUUAUCCGAAGAGAAAGCGUGUGCCACAUCUGCAGCUGCAGUUUAUGGAAUAGCGACGAAUCGGAUGCCUCUCUCGCUGGCAGUGUCUGCAGUGAAUAUCUGAAACCACAUCUUCCUCUUCGUCUGCGUCCAACAUGUCCCAGCUGCUCCAUGUGGAGAUCCCGAACUUUGGAGCCACAGUUCUGGGCUCCCUUAAUGAGCAGCGCCUGCUGGGACACUACUGCGAUGUAUCCAUCCUGGUCAAAGGUCAGGCGUUCAAAGCCCACCGGGCCGUUUUGGCUGCCAGCAGCCUCUACUUUCGUGACCUCUUCAGCACCUCCACCAAGACCCAAUUUGAGUUGCCCUCCUCAGUCACACCUGCUUGCUUUGAGCAGAUCCUCACUUUCUGCUAUACAGGGAAGCUAACCAUGGCAGCUAGUGAACAGCUGGUGGUCAUGUACACAGCUGGCUACCUCCAAAUCCAGCAUAUAGUUGAAAGAGGCAUGGACCUAAUGUUCAAAGCGAACUCACCUCACUGUGACUCGCAAACAGCAGGGUCCUUAGAGGAAACGGGAUCCGAGCCGCAGAGUCCUUGUAAUAAUGGUAACGGUCUAGCGGUGGCUGCCCUUUUGGCAACCCCUGGUUGGUCUCCAUCCUUAAUCAUGCCGCACCGUAAGAUUAAACUAGAGGGGGCUGACCCAACACCCCUGACAAUACCCUCGACACAAACCAAGAUUUCGUCUUCGGAGUUGGGGAGUCGGCUGGCAAGGGCCAGUUCACUGUUCUACACAACGGCUGGAGGGACCCCCAUCCCUGGUAUGCCUUCUUACCACCUACAAGGGGCCAGUGGAGGUGGAACAGGAGGAGGAGCUGGAGUUGAAAGGUCCAGUCCUGGAUCGUCCAGCCUGCCCACCACUGACAGUCCCACAUCCUACCAGAAUGAGGAUGAGGAGUUUGAAGAAGAGCCAUAUGACGGAAUCACAGAGGAUGCCUAUAGUCAUCUCUAUGGACGUUCAGCUAACCCCUACGGGAUCCAGGACAAGCCAGAGAUGGCAGCGGUGCCCUUGGCCUUGGAGAACCGCAACUGUGUGCUGAUCCGCAGGGACCUGGUGGCACUGCCUGCAAGCCUCAUCAGCCAGAUAGGCUACCGCUGCCACCCAAAGCUCUACACUGAGGGCGACCCUGGGGAGAAGCUGGAAUUGGUAGCUGGUACACAGGUGUUCAUGACUCGAGGCCAGCUGAUGAAUUGUCAUCUAUGUGCUGGUAUCAAACACAAAGUCUUGCUCCGGCGUCUGCUAGCCACGUUCUUUGAUAGAAACACUUUAGCCAAUAGCUGUGGGACAGGUAUCCGUUCUUCUACUAGUGACCCCAGUAGGAAACCCCUGGACAGCAGGGUCCUCAACGCUGUCAAACUCUACUGUCAAAAUUUCAACCCUAACUUCAAGGAGAGUGAAAUGAAUGUGAUUGCUGCUGACAUGUGCACAAAUGCAAGACGUGUCCGCAAGCGAUGGUUGCCCAAGAUCAAGUCCAUGCUGCCUGAUGGCAUGGAAGUGUACCGUGCGGGAAUGGGCAUGGGUGCUGCUGUGGGCCUGGGCCUGGCACUGGGUGGCCCUCAAGCAGGGGUACACCUCCCCUUUGAGCCUGAUUUCAAGACCCUAGAGCAAAGGUUGUAUCCAGACCGCAAGGACCCUCUCAGGACUCACCCACCGCUGACAGAGGGCAGCCCCGGGUCUGGGGCAGCCGGAGCAGAGGCUGAAGGUGAAGGUGAAGGAGUAGUCCAGGAGGAACAGGAGGAGGAUGAGGAUGAAGCUGGGUUAGAGGGUGUAGAUGGAUCACUGGGGGCGCCAUCUUUGAUCCCAGGGGCUGAGGCGGGUGAUUGUGGUGACACGCCGCCUGAGCAGGAAGUGGAAAGUUUUGGACAAGGUCUGAGGGUGAAUGGACAGUGAAUGUCCUUUUGGGCGGCCACUCACAUUGUGAAAUCUGUUUAACGCUGCAUUUUCUUUUGCUUGCUCUCUUACUCUAACAUCUCCACCACUCUUUCUUCUCCUCCGUGCUUCCUCAACAGAAAUUAUUCAGCACAAAAAGCUGCGCUCGUAGAUCUUACUAUACAAGAAUUUGUGACACAUGCAUGCGCACACAUGUGCUUGUGUACAAGCAUACUUACUGAUAGUGGAAAUAAAUCACUGAUAGUAGAAGCAGACACAGGCAUGGCAUUACUACAUUCAGAAAAUCAACCCUACACUGUUUCCUUAGUAUAUAUGUAUAUGUAUUUCGGCACCAGCAGCAAUAUUACAAAGGCCUGAUAGCAAAACAAAUGGCUGUAAUGAUUCAUCAUUUCAGUGCAAUACAAAAGCAACAGCUGCUUUGCUGGCAGUUUAUGGAAUGUGGUAUAAUGGUUUGGAAAAAGAUUCGGUUUUCUUCGAAAGCUGCAUCUUGAAAUAACCCGUGUAACCUUGGGAAAAACAGAUCAGAAAAACACACUCCCUGAAAAAGCAGCUUAUUUUGCAGUGUUUGGCCACUUGACAUCAUAUUAUUGUAUGUUAAAUAUGUAUAAAUAUAUGGCAAAGUUUUUUUUAAAUAAUUAAAGGUCAACUACUGUAUGUUACCACCAUUAAACAGUAAGCUUGUCAGCGCGUCAUUUAAAAAAAAAAGAGUUCU